ACGACAGCCCCGAGCUCACCUCAGGUUCAACCACAAACUCAACCUCAACCUCAGUCUCAACCUUUACCACAAAAUCGUCCUGUUCCAGCCCCUAGACCGGCACCUAGACCAACUCAAUCACAACCUAUUGCUCCUUUUCCAGUAAAUGACGACUAUUUAUUGAUUGCUCUUUAUGGUCUCGAAGCAAAUCGUACAUCACCACCAACUUAUCGUCCAGCACCGCAACCAACUUAUUCUCAACCUUUAUCAGCACCUACUCUUUCUCGAGGUAAUAAUAAUGAUAAUGAUAAUAAUGCUAAUGCUAAUGGAAAUAGUAAUGUAAAUUUCAACGUUGAUCUUCCUUUACUCCGAUCUUUUAUGGAAGCAAACAAUAUCCGGGUCCAUCAACACACACCACUCUAUAAUCUCGAAAGGUAGAGUCCGAUACACCAAUAAGAACGUCCGGUGAACAUUUUCCUUUUCAACACCUUCACCAACACCAUUAAUCCGGAUAACAACUGCACCAACAACA